UCCCGGCUGUCGAAGGUUUGCUCUUGAGCAGAGCGUCCUGGGCUGCAGUAGAAAGUGGCUGGGGGCAGAGAGGCCAGCCUGUUGCCCACCGGGAGAGGAAAUUCUCGGAGGUCAGUGUGUCCGGGCAGAGGUCUCCUGCUUUCCUGUCUCCCAGGACAACAGAGCAACAGAGCAGGCUCAGAAAAAAAAGACAAGAGUCAACAGCUUCAUUAGAAAAACCCCCAAGCCUGACGUCACUGUGGAAACUACAUUUAAGGAAAGCCACAGCAGCAGAGGCUGUUUCAGCGCAGCGCAGAUGGGUCUGACUUUGAAGCUGUCAGCAGCAGCCUGCCUCCUCCUCCUGGCCGUGCGGCUACCCCUCGCACUGGAGCUCCGAUGCAGCCUGGAGCGCCAGUACACUCACAAGGGCAGGUGCUGUGACAUGUGCCCACCAGGUCACUACCUAAAGAAAGAGUGCAGCAAGUCAGAGGGAACUGUUUGCAAUCCCUGUGAACAAGGCAAAUACUCUUAUACAUGGGACAUCAAUAAAGAAUGCCUUUCCUGUCGAGUGUGCAGUCAAGUGGUGGUCAGGCAGUGCGGCUCCACGACGGACGCGGUGUGCGGGUGUAGAGAGGGGUACAGCUGCACAUCGGACACCUGCGAGCAGUGUGUCUGGACCAAGAGGUGCGGCCGGGGCCAGGAGCUGCGCACACACGGCUCUUUCGAAUUCCGAUAUGAAUGUGAAAACUGCACACGUGGCACCUAUUCUGACACUGAAGGAGGACCCUGCAAGCCCUGGACAGAGUGUCACAGCAUCGGUCUGAAGCCAGUUUCACCCGGCAACCACACCCACAACGUAAAGUGUGCAUCACAAGUGGUGGCCAGUUUCCCUCAGCUGCUGACUGUCCUGGUGAUCGUCUCUGCUCUGUUCGGCUUGAUUUUCACGGUCAUCUUCACCAACGUCUGCAUCUGGAGAGCGAAAUUCCGGAGGCAGAAUUCCCUGAUCAGAUCCAUGACACACCCUCUGGGCCUGGGCACACUGCUGGAAGAGCCCAGCAUCUGUCCGCUGUCAGAGGAGGAGCGCGGGGACCGGCCCGUUCAGGAGAACAGCGCCAAGCCCAGCCUGCCGGGCAAGCCCGAGCUGGAGUGAAGCCGGCCUGGGCCCUGCGCGGGGAGCGGCCGCCCCGGGCUCAGAAAUAUCGCGCCUUUCUCGCUUUGUUGUUCUGGCACAGUUGCCUUCCGAGACAGGAGAAGGAGUGAAAAACUGGGCGAGGGGAGGAGGGGUCCGGUGAGCUGCAGGAGCAGGACGCGGGCCUGGCAGCCCUGUCUUGGGUCGAGAGCGCAGAGCGCAGUGCAAGCCGGACGCAUCGGCGUGGUUCAGGCCCUGUUCCCGCCCCAGGGCUGGUGCUGAUUACUGGCCCAAGCAAUGCAGUCGAAGCCACGGCCGCCGAGACAGCGGAAACUCACCCUUCUCAAUCACGAGCAGCAGCACUUCAGACUACGGGCUCCUUCCCAUCAUUCAUACUGUAGCGACCGCAUGCUCUUAAACACAUUGUACAGCAGAGCGAGAAGUGAUGCUUUAAAAUAUAUACAGGGCCUCGAAAACUGUUCAAUAGGCGUAUUAUACGUAUACGUAUGCAAUAUUUUCUUCAAAACUUGGAUGCUCAAAUGGAAAUCCUUGAAGAAUAACUAAAGAGAAAAUACUGAAAUGUAUUGUUUGCAUAAGUAUACAAACCUGUGAGCUCAAUAUGUGGUGGAAGUACCUUUGGCAGCAAUUACAACUUUACAUUUUCUGGUAAAGAUUUUUUAAAGAGUUUUUUACACA